AUAGACCACCAAUGUCACCUAGAGCAACAACAAUUUUAAACCCACUAGUACCAUCAUUCAUAAACACAAGCAGAACAUCUGCUCCUUCGGUCGAUGAACUUAAAUGUUGGAUAAAAGGGAACCCAAUGAAAAACAAAAAUGUUUAUGUACUGACGGAUCCUGAAGAACGUGACGACAGAAGGUUUAUUGUAAAAGAGAAUGUCUUUACAGAUGACAGAAAGUUUCAUAACAAUAAACUGUUACAAGGUUUGAAACAUGAAUACUUGAUCUCCUACUAUGGUUACAUUGAGGAGUCUAACUUGAUAUUAACAUUCUUCGACUAUAUGCCAGCUGGUUCCCUUCAAGACUUGUACAAACAACAAGGACAAAUACAAGAAUCUAAAUGCUUUAAUUAUGCUGAACAAAUUUUGGAAGGACUACAGUAUCUGCAUUCCAGAAGAAUUGCCCACAUGAAUAUUAGAUGUGAAACAAUUGUAUUUGAAACAGAAGACAAACUACGAAUCGCUGGAUUAUCUCACGUAAUAAUCGGGCGUAAAAGGAUAUCGUCUGCUGAUUAUGGCAAAGAAAGAUGGACAGCACCGGAAGUCUUCAAUGAAGCUUAUGGUCAUGGUUUCUAUGAUUACCAAUCAGAUAUAUGGAGUCUUGGUUGCACUAUAGUGGAAAUGUUGACAGCAGCAUGUCCAUAUGCUUAUGAGAAGUACCUGCCAUCAGUAGUUAUUACCAUUGGAAAUGGGAUACCUCCAGAAACUGGACGAAGUCUGUCAACUAGGAUGAAGAAUCUACUUCAGAACACGUUAUGUGCUGAUCCGUCUAAAAGAACCGAGGCGUCAGAAAUCCUUAAAAUUUUACGCGAUGUUGAUGGUGAUAUCUACCUACCAGUUGAUAGGAUUCCCAGUACGUCUCAGGUGUAACUGAACAACUUUUUGAAACUGUAUAACUUUUUUUCACGUUCUUCACUUGAGUUUUGUUUCUAGAAGUAUCAGUCUACUUUUAUUGCUGCAAAUGCUCCAGGCCAAUUUUUUUUUUCUUAAGAUAUGUCGUUUGGAGAUAGAAGCUGUUUUAUUUUUAUAUGGGAAAUAAUUCUAAAUGAGCAUACUUAUAUGCAUGAAUACCUCUUUUUGUUAUGUGUUGUUUUUCUUAAAGUAAAAAUCAUUUUAAUCGUUUGCACAUUUUUAGGAUACAAAUACUUAUAUAAUAUUUAGCAAAAUAACGAAUUCUUUUAUGCAUGCAAAUGUUAUAUAUUUUGCUUUUAAAUUUUAUUAAAACAAUUAAACACUAAUUAAUAAAAUGCAUUUUUGUACUUUUAAAGUUACAAUAAUUUUUAACCCAAUGUAUAACCCUAUAGCCCUUGACCUGUUUGAUUUGCCUGAGUCGUGUUUGUCAGUAUGUCGCACACACAUUAACCCUUUCAGUCCGCCACUAGGGUUAUAACAGUUUUAACCUUCUUCAUUUCUUUCGGUAGGACAGUGGGCUCAAAUUUGAAAACCAUUCUUGCCCCCACUUCAGAAAGUCCUCUAAUUGAAUGUCUAAAUUUGUGCUUACAUUGAAUAUUAAGACAAUGCCAUGUUUUCUUUCUAAUGUUGCUGUUGUUAUGUAAUUUAGUAACUGUUUUGAAUGUAUUCCACACAUUAGGCUUACAUAUUUAUUUAGAACAUUAUCUCAUAAGAUGAUGUCGAAUGUCAAAACGCAGGGACUCCUAAAGAGGCCGACGCUCCCCCUCCCCAAAUCCCUUGAUAAGCCACUGAUCCUUUCCAAACUAAACGUUUUCUUUAUUUUCAAUGCUACUAAUAAUCUGUUGAAACAUGUGUCUAUGUUUAGAAUUAAGAAAAUAGUAACAGAAAGUGUUUGCAGUGCAGUAGAUCUGGUUAAAAAACGAGGCUGAAGUCCAGAUGAGGAAAUUCAGGUAUUUCUCAUCCUUAGCGCUGACUCCAUCCAUAACAUUGUAAAGUAUUGUCACUGCCAGCCUUGGAAGGUUGCAAAAUAUCUGUAGGCCUGUCAAAGAUAAGACUAGUUUGAUAAGUCUUCUUUCAUGCAUAGUCAGCUGAGAUCCUUUCAGAGUAGGUGCCUCUAGAUAUGUUUUUGGUACUUUGCAAUACGUUCGUACUUUUGAUGACGCCUUUAGUGAGUAGGUCAUCCACAAAGAGCAUACAGUGAGUAUCGCUUGCGAUGACAGAAAUAAAAUCAUGCCAGCGACAAGGUCUAGAAUCUAGAAACUUCGUAGAAAAUAGUCAGUCAACGUGGCCGUAUAGUAAAAUUGAGCAGCUGAUGUUGCGUUGGGGUCUGCAUCCUCUGCAAUUAUUCGUACCCGCUGCAUUGGCUCUGUGAUAUAAACAGGCAACACCGCUGCUAUGUGUAUUAAAUAGAUACAGAUAAUCACAAACAGGCACCGAGAUCUCGUAGAAAAUUCUGUUACCGUAAAGACCACACAGAUACAUCUUUCCACUGGUAUCAUGGUUGUAAUCCAGUAGGAUAUAAGGUAUCCUGCGUAAGUAGACCACCCUAGAUGGAGGUACGAAAGAGCACAUAGGCCUUUUGAACUGGCAGGAUAAAAUCAAUCAUAUAGAUUAAUGACAUCGAUAGUUGUAAGAGUGAGACGCUAAAGUCUUUUAUUGAUAAGACAAACAGACUGAGAGUCAUAGUGUCUUUUAGUGAGAGCUUUACAAAAAUGAUCAAGUUGAUAAUAUUUGUUAGAACCACGCAGGCCGAGAGAGUUCCAUAGGCACAAAUACUUACAGCAACUUGAAAUAUUUGAAAUGUGUAGAGAGUGAUUAGUGUAUGACUAGACUUUUCAAUAGUUGUGGUGUUAUAAGUGUUAUACAAACUAAGAUCUGACAUUGUUUAUUGAACUUUCCGCUUAUAUGCUUGCUUGUGCUUAUACCAUGCGUUCAAUUGAUGUUGUCUUACAUUUUUAGACAUAUAUUCAAUUGUAUUUGAGAACUAUAAUAGAUUUUUUAAAAUACGAAUAAAAUUUACAAUUUUGUUUUAUAUAACACUGUAUUUUUCUGUUGUUCACUGCCUUAUGUAACAUGAAAUGCUUGUAUUUAAAAUUAACAAUAUCAAUACGAAAAUGUAAUAUAAAAAAUUCUUCUAAUCAAAUUUUAAAAAAAAAUGUUUUUUUAAAUACUUUUUAAAUCUUUUUUUUUAAUUAACACGAUUGAAAAAAGUUAAACUGUCAUGACUCAUUUUUGAUGUACAUAAUUAAAUCACCUAUCAAUUAAACUCCAAUGUAACGUGUUUGGCAAUGCUAAAUGAUACUUUAGUUUCUGUUUAACUUCAAAGUCAGAUUGUGGCUAGGAACGUUUUUCGGCAAACAUAAGUUAUCAUUACAAUUUUACUUAUUAACAAACAUAACAAGAUGUCAUCUGUCAGAAGGUAUGAUAAACUAGUGGAAUGACUGAGAAACCUCUAUAAACCUGGAUUUUUUUAAACAUAAUAUUGAAAGCAAUGUUACAACAUCUACAUUGAAAGUAUACAUUGAUUUGACAAAUGACAAAGAAAAAUGUAUUUUACUUGAACUGUGUAUUCUUUAUCGCGAGAAGACAGAAAAUAUCGUUUUCAAACAAAUUAAGAAGGAGCAACUAAAGUGUUUACGUGAUUAUGGACUGUUUUUUUUUUUAUUAAAGCUCAUAUGAUAAACAUUCUUUUGUAUCUCAAACUUUGUAAAUUUAAAGUUACAUACUUUUUAAUACAGACUUAUGCCUACUUUUCUAUUAAUUUCCUGUAAUGUUUAUGCUUUAUAGUUAUAUUUUUACAAAGUACAUUACAUUCAUUCCACAUACACAAGUCGCUGUACUCAUGUACGUUUAUAUAUUUAUAGAACUCCUUAUUCAAUUUCAAAGAUAUAUUUAUGACAGGGCGAUAACUUCCGCUCAAGUUGUGUAACGCAAUGUUGUUGUUUUUCUCUUUCAUUUGUUUAAAAAAAACUUCAACCAUAUUUAAGUUCGAGGCGACUACAGAAUUAUUUUUUACUGUGUGACCAAAAAGCAAGCGAAUGUUUUUCCAAACCUAUACCCAGAUAUGCAAACUUCAAGGAAAAUCUAUUGAGCAGUUUUCGAAAUUUAAAAAUAGUUUCCAGUCAUCUUUUCCUAAAGUUGUUCCAUCCAUUAAAGAAAAGAUUGCAAGCUACUAGAUAUAGUAGGAAUUGAAUAAAUAAUGGCAUUGAAUACAUUCCUUUGAUUUCAAAAUAAAUUUCACUCAUUA